AUGACAACCAGACUUCUUGCCUCAUUUAAUGUCUUGGACAACCACUCCAAGAAAGUCCUGGAUAGGCAUGCAAGGGCAAGUAGUUGACUAACUUAGCCCUGACCUUUACUUCGCUAGCUAACGUUAUUUACUUCUUAUUCUGAUUUCAAUAGAAGAGUUUGAUUUAUUCACUGGUAUUACAGGAGGUUGGUUUGUUCCAUCAAUGAAGGUUUUAGCUAUUUCAACUAAUCUAAAAUGUACUUUUACAUUUUAGUCAUUUAGCAGACGCUCUUAUCCAGAGCGACUUACAGGUAGUGAGUGCAUACAUUUUCCAUACUGGCCCCCCGUGGGAAACGAACCCACAACCCUGCCGUUGCAAGCGCCAUGCUCUACCAACUGAGCUACAGGGGACCAUAAAAUGCUAGUUAAAAUUCUCUCUUAGUCAACAGUAUAAAUAUAUUUAAUAUAAGAUUACGGUUAGUAAUAUAAUAUUGUUAUCAUUUCAGAAGAAACACACAGUACAUGCUCCACAACAUGUUUAAUGUAUAUCAACCCCAAAUAGAACAUAGCUACACUUUAGAUGUUCACCCUCUAUGCACCUAGAAGUAAAUUGUGGGUUAAGGUAAGUUAUGAACCUGUUUCCUUCUUCAGAAGAGUCGUCUGCUGAGCCAUGCCCCCCGAGGCAGCUGUGCCUCCUUCAGGAAGCCAGACCUGCCUCUGACUGUCAAUUGUGACUGGGACUUUGAGUUCCCCAGUGCUCGCAGGACCCCCAUCUCCAAACACAAGACCACCACUGACAUCAACGAGGAGCAAGAGCUUCUGCAAAACAAAUUACGGUAGAAUUGUAGAAUUAGUCCUAAUAAACUAUUGGGUUAGGGUAGGAGGUGUUUUAGUCCUAAUAAACUAUUGGGUUAGGGUAGGAGGUGUUUUAGUCCUAAUAAACUAUUGGGUUAGGGUAGGAGGUGUUUUAGUACUAAUAAACUAUUGGGUUAGGGUAGGAGGUGUUUUAGUACUAAUAAACUAUUGGGUUAGGGUAGGAGGUGUUUUAGUCCUAAUAAACUAUUGGGUUAGGGUAGGAGGUAUUUUAGUCCUAAUAAACUAUUGGGUUAGGGUAGGAGGUGUUUUAGUCCUAAUAAACUAUUGGGUUAGGGUAGGAGGUGUUUUAGUACUAAUAAACUAUUGGGUUAGGGUAGGAGGUGUUUUAGUACUAAUAAACUAUUGGGUUAGGGUAGGAGGUGUUUUAGUACUAAUAAACUAUUGGGUUAGGGUAGGAGGUGUUUUAGUACUAAUAAACCAUUGGGUUAGGGUAGGUGGUGUCUAUUGGGUUAUGGUAGGAGAUGUCUUGGGUUAGGGUAGGAGAUGUUUUAGUCCUAAUAAACUAUUGGGUUAGGGUAGGAGGUGUAUUGGGUUAGGGUAGGAGAUGUUUUAGUCCUAAUAAACUAUUGGGUUAGGGUAGGAGGUGUCUUGGGUUAGGGUAGGAGGUGUCUUGGGUUAGGGUAGGAGGAAACGAAUGUAGAAUUAGUCCAGGAUGUGUCAUGUUUCCUCCCAUCACCCAUCUAUGAUAACAUUCAUGUUGUCUAUAUUAAAGCAUUAAUGAUGGAUUUAUAAUAUUCAUGGUCUUAUCUGCCCGGUUUAGCUGAUGCUGCAUGUCUUGCUGAAUUCCAAUGGAGGAGAGUAGGGUUUACACCCUAAACAUGGGCUUCUUUAGCUUUUCAAUACCACGUAAGGGUUAAAGUUAAUGUUGAAUAACUAGCUGUAUUAUGUAUACUGUAUGAUGUCUCACUGUGUUGCUGGGUAGAUGUUUCAUGUCCAGGGCCCUAACCCUGUUGCUGGGUAGAUGUUUCAUGUCCAGGGCCCUAACCCUGUUGCUGGGUAGAUGUUUCAUGUCCAGGGCCUCAACCCUGUUGCUGGGUAGAUGUUUCAUGUCCAGGGCCCUAACCCUGUUGCUGGGUAGAUGUUUCAUGUCCAGGGCCUCAACCCUGUUGCUGGGUAGAUGUUUCAUGUCCAGGGCCCUAACCCUGUUGCUGGGUAGAUGUUUCAUGUCCAGGGCCCUAACCCUGUUGCUGGGUAGAUGUUUCAUGUCCAGGGCCCUAACCCUGUUGCUGGGUAGAUGUUUCAUGUCCAGGGCCCUAACCCUGUUGUUGGGUAGACGUUUCAUGUCCAGGGUAGAUGUUUCAUGUCCAGGGCCCUAACCCUGUUGCUGGGUAGAUGUUUCAUGUCCAGGGCCCUAACCCUGUUGCUGGGUAGAUGUUUCAUGUCCAGGGCCCUAACACUGUUGCUGGGUAGAUGUUUCAUGUCCAGGGUAGAUGUUUCGUGUCCAGGGCCCUAACCCUGUUGCUGGGUAGAUGUUUCAUGUCCAGGGCCCUAACCCUGUUGCUGGGUAGAUGUUUCAUGUCCAGGGCCCCAGCCCUGUUGCUGGGUAGAUGUUUCAUGUCCAGGGCCCCAGCCCUGUUGCUGGGUAGAUGUUUCAUGUCCAGGGCCCCAGCCCUGUUGCUGGGUAGAUGUUUCAUGUCCAGGACCCUAACCCUGUUUCUGGGUAGAUGUUUCAUGUCCAGGGCCCUAACACUGUUGCUGGGUAGACGUUUCAUGUCCAGGGUAGAUGUUUCAUGUCCAGGGCCCCAGCCCUGAUGCUGGGUAGAUGUUUCAUGUCCAGGGCCCCAACCCUGUUACUGUGUAGAUGUUUCAUGUCCAGGGCCCUAACACUGUUGCUGGGUAGAUGUUUCAUGUCCAGGGUAGAUGUUUCGUGUCCAGGGCCCUAGCCCUGUUGCUGGGUAGAUGUUUCGUGUCCAGGGCCCUAACCCUGUUGCUAGGUAGAUGUUUCAUGUCCAGGGCCCUAACACUGUUGCUGGGUAGAUGUUUCAUGUCCAGGGCCCUAACACUGUUGCUGGGUAGAUGUUUCAUGUCCAGGGCCCCAGCCCUGUUGCUGGGUAGAUGUUUCAUGUCCAGGGCCCUAACCCUGUUACUGGGUAGAUGUUUCAUGUCCAGGGCCCUAACCCUGUUGCUGGGUAGAUGUUUCAUGUCCAGGGCCCUAACCCCUUUGUUGGGUAGAUGUUUCAUGUCCAGGGCCCUAACCCUGUUGCUGGGUAGAUGUUUCAUGUCCAGGGCCCUAACCCUGUUGCUGGGUAGAUGUUUCAUGUCCAGGGCCCUAACCCUGUUGCUGGGUAGAUGUUUCAUGUCCAGGGCCCUAACCCUGUUGCUGGGUAGAUGUUUCAUGUCCAGGGCCCUAACCCUGUUGUUGGGUAGAUGUUUCAUGUCCAGGGCCCUAACCCUGUUGCUGGGUAGAUGUUUCAUGUCCAGGGCCCUAACACUGUUGCUGGGUAGAUGUUUCAUGUCCAGGGCCCUAACACUGUUGCUGGGUAGAUGUUUCAUGUCCAGGGUAGAUGUUUCGUGUCCAGGGCCCUAACGCUGUUGCUGGGUAGAUGUUUCAUGUCCAGGGCCCCAGCCCUGUUGCUGGGUAGAUGUUUCAUGUCCAGGGCCCCAGCCCUGUUGCUGGGUAGAUGUUUCAUGUCCAGGGCCCCAGCCCUGUUGCUGGGUAGAUGUUUCAUGUCCAGUGCCCUAACCCUGUUGCUGGGUAGAUGUUUCAUGUCCAGGGCCCUAGGCCUGUUGCUGGGUAGAUAUUUGAUGUCCAGGGCCUCAACCCUGUUGUUGGGUAGAUGUUUCAUGUCCAGGGUAGAUGUUUCAUGUCCAGGGACCUAGCCCUGUUGCUGUUUAGAUGUUUCAUGUCCAGGGCCCCAACCCUGUUGCUGGGUAGAUGUUUCAUGUCCAGGGCCCUAACCCUAACCCUGUUGCUGGGUAGAUGUUUCAUGUCCAGGACCCUAACCCUAACCCUGUUGCUGGGUAGAUGUUUCAUGUCCAGGGCCCUAACCCUAACCCUGUUGCUGGGUAGAUGUUUCAUGUCCAGGGCCCUAACCCUAACCCUGUUGCUGGGUAGAUGUUUCAUGUGUAGGACCUAACCCUGUUCCUUUGUAAAUGUUGUAUGUCCAGGGUAUCAAAGCCAGCAACAGCAGCCUCGUCCACCACAGAAGACUCAAACUGCAGACUGAAGGAGGCCGUCCGCAGCAGGGUGAGUGUCUGCCCCUUCACCAGCCCUGAAGACCUUCCCUGGAGGAUUGGACACAGGACAGGUGGGUUAGGGUUAAAGGGGGUACACUAGUUCUCGGGCUUGGAUUUCCUGUCGAAAUGAAUCUGUGAUACUGUCCUCCUCUAACCCUACUCAUCCUCACCAUGUAAUACUGUCCUCCUCUAACCCUCCUCAUCCUCACCAUGUAAUACUGUCCUCCUCUAACCCUCCUCAUCCUCACCAUGUAAUACUGUCCUCCUCUAACCCUCCUAAUCCUCACCAUGUAAUACUGUCCUCCUCUAACCCUCCUCAUCCUCACCAUGUAAUACUGUCCUCCUCUAACCCUACUCAUCCUCACCAUGUAAUACUGUCCUCCUCCAACCCUACUCAUCCUCACCAUGUAAUACUGUCCUCCUCUAACCCUACUCAUCCUCACCAUGUAAUACUGUCCUCCUCUAACCCUACUCAUCCUCACCAUGUAAUACUGUCCUCUAACCCUCCUCAUCCUCACCAUGUAACUGCCCCAAGGGCAACAACAUCUAUAGUAUCAAUCUACCCCUCGUCUGUGCAUGCGGUCGUGGGCGCCCGCCUUCUAGUUAGAGAUGGAUCCUCCAGUUGGAUUGGAUAGAGAAAUCAGCUCUGGGCUACACUGACACGUCUCAUUGGUGCAGCAACCCUUUUAACCCCUCCCCCGCUGGCAGACACACAGCCCUUAGUACCUUCACAGGUAUCAUCUGUAAUACUUCAUUUAGGUUGGGGUUAUAGGUCAGAGGUUGGGUAGUGAUGUGUCUGUGUUUCUGCCCAGGAGGAGGCAGAGAAGGAGGAGGAGGAAGGUUGAAGAGGAAGAGUGUGAGGGGCGGGCAGAGAAAGGAAGUGUCUCCUGUAAGUGAUGAUGUCACAGCAGACUGUGUUCCUCUCAGCCUGUCAGAGGAGCUGAAGAGAAAGAAUGUGAGAGUGCUGACCCCUCGACCGCCUUCAGUUUCCCUCCCUCUGCCGGUAAGUUCCCUGACCCCUGACCCCUGACCCCUCGACCGCCUUCAGUUUCCCUCCCUCUGCCGGUAAGUUCCCUGACCCCUGACCCCUGACCCCUCGACCCCCUUCAGUUUCCCUCCCUCUGCCGGUCAGUUCCCUGACCCCUGACCCCUCGACCCCCUUCAGUUUCCCUCCCUCUGCCGGUAAGUUCCCUGACCCCUGACCCCUGACCCCUCGACCCCCUUCAGUUUCCCUCCCUCUGCCGGUCAGUUCCCUGACCCCUGACCCCUGACCCCUCGACCCCCUUCAGUUUACCUCCCUCUGCCGGUCAGUUCCCUGACCCCUGACCCCUCGACCGCCUUCAGUUUCCCUCCCUCUGCCGGUAAGUUCCCUGACCCCUGACCCCUGACCCCUCGACGCCCUUCAGUUUCCCUUCCUCUGCUGGUCAGUUCCCUGACCCCUGACCCCUCGACCCCCUUCAGUUUCCCUCCCUCUGCCGGUCAGUUCCCUGACCCCUGACCCCUCGACCGCCUUCAGUUUCCCUCCCUCUGCCGGUAAGUUCCCUGACCCCUGACCCCUCGACCCCCUUCAGUUUCCCUCCCUCUGCCGGUCAGUUCCCUGACCCCUGACCCCUCGACCCCCUUCAGUUUCCCUCCCUCUGCCGGUAAGUUCCCUGACCCCUGACCCCUGACCCCUCGACCCCCUUCAGUUUCCCUCCCUCUGCCGGUCAGUUCCCUGACCCCUGACCCCUCGACCCCCUUCAGUUUCCCUCCCUCUGCCGGUCAGUUCCCUGACCCCUGA